AUGGCGUUGAUUUUCGAUUUAGACAGCAAUAAUAACAAUGUUAGGAUGAGCAGUGCUAAACUAUUCUUAAUCCAGAGGUACUUGGGCUGUGGUGGUAGUAGUCAAAGCGUUGGCGGUCAUGAGGAUAUGAGUAAAAAUAUUAAUAUUAGUAAUAAUAAGAAUAAUAGUAAAAUUAAUUAUUUCAAUAACUUGAUGGCUGGCAACGUCAACAACAACAUCAACAUGAACAUCAACAACAACAUCAACAACUGCUCAAACGAAACGGCUCAAAGCAUCUUGGAUAACCACAUCUCGAACAUGUGGAACUCGUACGGAAACAGCCCUUCCUACCUAUCCCCCCUCACUGAGUGCUGCUGUUCUACCCCGGAAUAUUUUUCCACCUUACUGAAGGUCAUCUCCAACAGUGGGGGUAAGGCUCUAGAAAAUGGAGGGAAGUUUUUGGAAAAUAGCGCAAAACUUUUAACUACGAAUAUUUCUGCAGACCCUUGCAACACAAAAUUUUCAACCGCGAAUAGUUCGAAAGUUUUAGAAGAUUGUCCGACUAUUUUAGCGGGAAAUUACGGAAAAUUUUCAGAAAAUAGCGCUAAAGUUUCCAGGAAUGUUUUCCCGCCACGUGGCACGAAGAUUUCUGCAGAUGAUAGUACGAAAAUUCCCUCGAAUGGUGCUAAAACGGUAGAAAAAAAUGGCGGGAAUGUGUCUGAAGUUGGCGGGAAACUUUCUAAGACAUUUGGCGGGAAAAAAAUUCUCAGCGAAAACAACAACAACAAUAAUAAUAAUAAUAAUAAUAACAAUAUAAUUUAUGAGGAGGUGCGUGAUGAUGAUGAUCUCGUUCCGGUCAUUGAUAGUAAGAUAGUAUGCAGGAUAGUGCAGAAGGAAUGA